UGGCCGAGUGUUUUGCUGCUCCCGACUAAUUUUUCCCUGAUAAAAGUCUCAUUUAUCACGCCUUGCAAGUUAGAUCAUGGCUUAAAGACUCUGACGUCCAAAUCCAGAUCAAAAGAAUGAGAAGAAAGACUAUGGAACUAGUCUUCAAAGUAGGGUUCUCACUGGUCAUUGGUCUCUCAUUGUUGACCUACUUCCUCAUGGAACAUCAAAUGAAGCAAAUGCCAGAGGCAGAGCAGACGGAGUUGGUUCAUCAGGUCAAGGCUGUCGUGGGAAAGGAAAUGCCUGCCGAACCGUCCAAGAGUUCAAAUAAACUCAUAAGUAAUCAUGAUCGUGAUAGAAUUCACCUUGCCAUCGUAGCCUGCGGGGACGACAAGUAUCUGGAAGAGUCUUUGGUGGCCCUCAAGUCCGCUGUGAUCCUUGCAAGAAAAGAUCUUUAUUUCCAUAUAUUUACAGAUGAUAGAUUAAAGCCUUUAUUUAUUGAGAAGAUUGACACCUGGCCAUCUCGUUUUCGCUCCAAAGUUAAGCUGACGUUAUACCCGAUUACCUACCCCAGUUAUGUCAAUUAUGACGAAUGGAAACGAAUAUUCAAAAUGUGUGCAACACAAAGAAUAUUUUUACCAGAUAUCCUGCCAAACAUCGAUUCUGUGAUAUACAUCGACACGGACGUCCUCUUCAUGCGGCCAAUAGACGACCUCUGGGAUCAUUUCACCAAGUUCAACACGACUCAAAUAGCAGCGCUGGCUCCCGAGUCAGAGGACAAGGCGACGGGAUGGUACAAUAGAUUUGCGAGGCAUCCGUAUUAUGGACCUCUUGGUGUAAACUCUGGUGUCAUGUUGAUGAAUCUCACUGGGAUGCGUGCCAUGGGAUGGGUGGAGAAAAUGGUCGCCCAUUUCCGCGAAUACAAGUUAAUGAUUACGUGGGGUGACCAAGACCUGAUUAAUAUACUCUUCCAUUAUCACCCAGAUAAAUUGUAUAUCUUUCCGUGUGAGUGGAACUACCGAACAGACCACUGUAUGUAUAUGAGUGUCUGUCGAAGUGCGGAGAAGACCGGGGUUAUGAUGCUCCAUGGGAGUCGAGCAGCAUUUCAGAACGACAAACAGCUGGCAUUUAAAGCUGUUUAUCAAUCAUUUAGAGAUCACCCAUUUGAUGCAGACCUUGAAAAACUUCUCGUGGCCAUGGAAGUGAAUCUGGAGUCGUCAAAGGGAACCCCUUGCCACAAGAUCUCGCACAUAUUCUACAAGAAAUUCCAAGAAUACGUCACGGCAGGUCCGCCAAUCCAAGAGCCAGUCGUAGAGAAAAAAAAAGAGAAAUAGUGGUGAUAUUUUCGGUUGUUAUCACGGGAUGUGAGAGUUGCUCUUCUUACAUACGGUAUUUUUUUGGAAAAAAUGAUCCGUCCCGACUAAUAUGUCUUCCUCGAGAUGCCUACCCGGUAAUGAUAAACUCGGGAAAAGAGCAUAAAAAAGAUCUGUGAAAAAUUAUUUUCUCGUGAACAUGCCCGUCCUGAUUCUAUAAUGUAUUUCCAGUUUAAUAGUCGAAUACUCGAGGCCAAAUUGUUUCUCAAAGUAUCCAGCCAUGUUCCAUGUUAGCUGUUGAUGAAAUUGGUAGAGCAAAAACCCGAAUUCUAUAGUAUUAUCGCAGGCAUCUACAUACAGAUGGGCUAAAUCAGAACUUACACCAGUUUUCCACACCAUUGCAUUUUCCUUCUAUAAAGGUGCUUGCUCCACCUAAUGUCCAAGGAAAUUGCAAAUUUCCAAUACUUGCAUUUUCCUGAAGAUUGCAAAAGGGUUUCGUGGUAUGAAUCAUAUGAGAUGAAAGUUUUCGCUUGUUGUUAUAGAUUAUUUUAUACAACUACCAGAGUAGUUCAUUGUUGUUACAGCUAGCCUCAGGGCUCAUGGUAUUUCAUGGAAAAAGCUUCUACAAAAUAUUCGAUGACUUUACCAAUUUUCAAAAUACUUCCAAAAUUUAAUGGUUAUUGUGCAAUAGAGUUGAAAUUUUUGCACUUUUCAAGUUAGCAUUUGAUAGUACAUUCGUGAAAACAAUGAAAAAAGAAAAUGCUCUUGAAAAUUUCAGUUUACUGUAUUUGUUGGCUAUCGUAUAUGAAAUGUAUAGAUAUGCAACUGAUUUUGUACUCAUAUUGGCCAAUCUGAAUUUAUUCCUUUGUGUUUUCAGUGGAUCUCGAUACCCUAAUUUUUAGGGGGACUUGAGGUAGGUGCUAUGGGGUCAGAUUGGUAGUCUUCAGUUGACUAGUAUGCAUAGUUAAGGGGCUGGGUUAUUUUGGAUUUGGCAAUAAUUAUGUUCCUAGUACAAGCGUGGAUAGGUUUGAUAUACUGUGAGAUAGGAGAGGCCCCUAUCAGCGACUAUGUGUGACUUAAUCUGACCUACCUGGCACCUGCCUAGUUUACCUAUCAAUCAAAAUGAGGGUGUUUAUGGUGCCAGUAUCCACUAAAGUGAUCAGUGACACUUAACAUUAUACGGAGCAAAGAGAUAGGUUUCAAGUGACCCACCAAUACAGCUUUAACUGGAACAAAUAGUUAUCAGGGUUACAACGGCACUAUUUGCCAUUUUGAUUCGAAUGUAGGUAAAAUAGGUACAGGUAAAUUAGGUACGGGUAAAACAGGUAUGGUAAAAUAGGUACGAGGUAAAAUAGGUACAGGUAAAGUAGGUACAGGUAAAUUAGGUAUGGGUAAAUUAGGUAUGGGUAAAAUAGGUGCUAGGUAAAAUAGAUACUGGGUAAAAUAGGUACACAAAAAAUGAAACGGCCAGGGGCCAUUGUGCUCACCGUAUACAUCUUUUAGUAGGCAGGAUCAUGCUUAGUUUAGAGGUGAAUAUGGUGAACACAAUCAGGCAUGAAGACUUUUUUUAGAUGUGUAUUGAUGUCAAGUAAUAAGACAGGGCAGUAUAUAUAAGUUUAUGAUCCAACCAAUAAUUGUCUAUGACAUCAACAAGAUCAAUAUCGUGUGAUUGCUAAGAGUCCCUGCAAUAAAAAAUUCAUCGAAAAAAAGUCAUUAAUAAGCAAGAUAUUGCAUGUCCUACUUUUUCAGUUUUGACCCCCUGGUGGCCAAAUCAAGAAUCAGAUGAGGCCAAAAUUCGGUGUCAGAGAUUAUCUGAUGUAGGGGGUUACAUGUACCAACUUUCAAGUUCAUAGCUUCAGCAGUUAAGAAACGUGCCAUAGUUACACUCUAAUGGCCAAUUUACGCCAUUUGACCUCUGUGACCUAGAAAAGGAGGUCAAAUCCAAAAAUCGUAGGACAUGUGGUGUAUCCUUGCUAGAAGUCCCUGCCAUAAAAGUUUUAUCGAAAACAAUUCACUCAAAUAAGCAAGAUAUUGCACUUCUUCCUUUUUCCAUUAUGGCCCCCUGGUGGCCGAAUAAAGAAUCAGAUCAGGCCAAAAUUCGGCAUCAAAGGUUAUCUGAUGUAGGGGGUUAUAUGCACCAAGUUUCAAGUUCAUAGCUUUACUGGUUAAGAAACGUGCCAUAGUUUACACUCCAACGGCCAAUUUACCCCAUAUGACCUCUGUGACUUUGAAAAGUAGGUCAAAUUGAAAACCCAUAAGACAUGUGAUGUAUUCUUCCUAAGAGUACCUACCAUAAAAAUUUUAUCGAAAACAAGUCACUUAUAAGCGAUAUAUCACACUUUUUAGAUAUCCACUUUUGGCCCCCUGGUGGCAAAGUUGAGAAUCAGAUCAAACUGAAAUUCAGCACCAGAGGCUAUGUGAUAUAGGGGGUUAUAUGUACCAAGUUUCAAGUUCAUAGCUUUAGUGGUUAAGAAACGUGCUAUAGUUUACACUCUAACGGCCAAUUUACGCCAUAUGACCUCUGUGAACUUGAAAAGUAGGUCAAAUUAAAAACCCGUAUGAUAUAAGAUGUAUAUUUGCUAUGAGUACCUACAACACAAGUUUCAUCGAAAACAAGUCACUAAUAAGCGAGAUAUCACACUUUUUAGAUAUCGACAUUUGGCCCCCUGGUGGCCAAGUUGAGAAUCAGAUCGGACCGAAAUUUAGUGUCAGAGGUCACCUGACCUAGUGGGUGCUGUGUACAAAGUUUUAAGUUCAUAGCCCUAGCGGUUAAGAAACGUGCCACUGUUUUUUAAAUAGGAUACGACGACGGACGACGGACACUGCGGUAUUACAUAAGACUCCCCUACGGUGAGCCAAAAAUCAAGAAAAUGUAAGAUACAAGUCAGAAAAGACAAAAGGGAAAAGAUAAAAAAUAAUAAAAUAAAAAAAUAUUUUUGGCCGUCCCUGACCGGGGUUUGAACUCACGACCUUUGGAUUGCCACAACACGAAAAACACAAAACAUGCAAUUUCGGCCAUAUCUGUGUCUGCGUUGUGACCUCUGUGACCUCGACAAGUAGGUCAAAUUAACAACCCAUAUGAUAUAUGAUGUAUCCUUGCUAGGAGUACCUACCACAAAAGUUUUAUCGAAAACAAGUCAUCAAUAAGCGAGAUAUCACACUUUUUAGAUAUCCACAUUCGACCCCCUGGUGGCCAAAUUGAGAAUCAGAUCGGACCGAUAUUCAGCACAAGAGGUUAUCUGAUAUAGGGGGUUAUAUGUACCAAGUUUCAAGUUCAUAGCUGUGGCGGUUGAGAAACGUGCCAUAGUUACACUGAAACAGCCAAUUUACGCCAUUUGACCUCUGUGACCUUGAAAAGUAGGUCAAAUUAAAAACCCGUAUGAUAUAUGAUGUAUCCUUGCUAUGAGUACCUACCACAAAAAUUUCAUUCCAAACAAGUCAUUAAUAAGCGAGAUAUCACACUUUUUAGAUAUCUACAUUCGGCCCCCUGGUGGCCAAAUUAAGAAUCAGAUCGGAUCGAAAUUUAGUGUCACAGGUCAUCUGACCAAGGGAGUCCUGUGUACAAAGUUACAAGUUCAUAGGCUUAGCGGUUAAGAAACGUGCCACUGUUUUUGAAACAGGAUACGACGACGACGACGGACGACGACAGACGACGACGGACGACGGACACUGCGGUAUUGUAAAGACUCCCCUACGGUGAGCCAAAAAGAGAAACUAGGUAAUAUAAUUUAUUAUUUUAAUAAUUUAUUAUUUUUAUAGCGCCACUUAAAAAUUAAUUGCCAGUAGCGCUUUACAAAAGUGCAUUCAUACAGUAAUAAUAGGAAAGACAUUUAAAACAUGGUUAAAACAAUUACAGGACAGUUUAAAACAUAGUUAAAACAAUCAGUGAUAAAAGGCUUCCUUAAACAAAUAUGUCUUGAUGCAUUGUUUAAAACUUUUAAAACAUACAAUCUGCCUAAGAUGUGUGGGCAAUGCAUUCCAAAGCCGCGGAGCACAGACCCCAAAAGCUCUAUCACCAGCAGUGACUUUUUUGGAACGUUUCCACACCAGGGCAGGAGCCGAGUGAGCUCUGGUUCCCUGCCUAAGACGCUGGAGUGGAAGCUGAAGAUAGUUGGGGCCGGUGCCCUGCACGGCUUUGAAAGCGAAGGUUAAAAUUUUGAACUUAAUACGUUGUUGAACGGGGAGCCAAUGAAGGUCAUAUAAAACAGGCGUGAUGUGAUCAUAUUUUCUAGUACCCGUCAAGAGUCUGGCUGCUUGGUUUUGAAGUUUCUGGAGGCGGUUAAUUUCACAGAGAGGGAGACCAUAGUACAAUGAGUUACCAAAAUCGAGUCUAGAUGUAAUAAAAGCAUGUACAAGAUUACCUAAAAGGUCUUCAGGUAGAUAUUUCUUGACUGACGCAAUCUUGCGCAGGUAAAAGAACCCGGACGAAACAACCUGUGAUAUUUGUUUGUGAAAAGUAAGGUUAUUGUCAAAAAGCACCCCGAGAUUGCGCGCCGACUCGCUUGAACGAAUUUCUGCAUCACCGAUUUUAAGACAGACAUCACUGAACAGUAACUUGUCAUUUUGAUAAGGAGAACGAAGCAGUAAAAACUCUGUUUUUAAGUCGUUUAGUUUGAGCUUAUUCUCCAUCAUCCAAAGGCGCACAUCGCUUAGACAGUGUUCAAUUUUAGUGAUCACUUGGGCUAGUGAGGUAGAGUCAUAAAAGCUGAACGCGUGCCAGCUCUGUGUGUCGUCAGCGUAAAAAUGGCCGCUAAUAUCGUGAUUGUAAUAUAAAGGUAUGAUCAUAUAUUUUUAUCAUGAUUCUUUUAUUUCUGAUUUUAUUAUUGCUUAUUGAAAGAGUUCUCUUAAUGAUUACUUUUUACUUUUUAUGGGAAAAAAAUCAUGCACUUUAGAUAAGUUUAAGUAAGUUCAAUAGAUUAAUGCAUUUUCAUUUAACUGUGCCAAGUUUGUGCUGUAACUCAGAGGUCGUCAUUUGUGUAAAAAUAAAUACAUGCAGUUUCAUUAAACUAUAUUUUGCCUUCGUUUUUACCACUUGUCGUUGUCACCAAAAAACUCUCAAUUCAACAUAUAAAAAAACCCAGGAACCCAACCCCAGACUUGAAACCUAAGAAGCCAUAUGAUCAUUAAAGAAGAACUUUUCCCCUCUGUUAUUUUUGAUGAGACACAGAAAAUAUCGAGGCCAUACCAAGCUGUUGGAAACCAUACAAAAGCAGAAAGAAGCAGGUGCACUCUUGCUGUUCUACCAGACAAAUCUAUUUUUCUAACAACAAUCAAUCAUAGUUACUUAGCAACAGUUAAUCAUAAUUAGUAUUAGUUGGUAGUGAUAUCACCACCAGAAAAAAACAACAAUCACUAGAGAAUUAUUUCAAUAACAAGCAUUAAUUAGCACUCAAAGUAAUUGAUUAAAACAAAAUUAUCAUAAAGUGAACCCUUUCAAUAGCAUUGAAGAAGUGAAAAAUUUAAAAAAUCAGCAAAACUCUGAUAAAAUUUUGUGAUUGUACCUAUUUUACCUAGUUUCUCUUUUUUGUGUACCUAUUUUACCUGUACCUAUUUUACCCGUACCUAUUUUACUGGAUACCUUUUGAUUCAAGCUGGUUUUGAAGAGUGCUUUAGUACCAGGUUUGUGAAAUCUAGCCAGAGAUUGAUGAUCAACUUUUAUUUAAAGGGUAACUCGUGUCAAAUUUCACCAUAUAAUGUUUUAGCUGUUUUUCACAAAUGACUACGUCACUUUCUCAUAAAUUGGUAAGGUUUUCGAAUUGAAAUGCACAUUUUCUAGAAAUUGAUGGUUUAAUCCCGCCCGGACGGCUCACUUCGAUGCCGUUGAAAUUGCGCUACGCCGACGACGUUUUUCGUUGAUGACGUCACAACAUCAACAUUUUCGCAGUCGCAGUGGUUUACAUUCAGCGAUUUUAUAAUAAUGUGACAAUAUUAGGAAUUGCUUACUAUAUCUGUAAUUAUUAUUUCUGUGUUUCUCUCUAGCCCUGGUGAACCAGACACCCAGGAUCGUUAACCAUUAUGAGUUUCAACACCUGCCUUCUUAAUUGCCCCUUUCCAUUGUUUUAUAAUCUCUAUCUUUUAAGCUGUUUGACCCCUUUUAUGAUCUUCCUGAUUAGCAGCUGGUUACUAAGCCCCUGCCUGAUAAUCUUGUAUUGAUGCUGCUGUGUACUGAUUGGUUGUUUCCGAGUUCAGAGUUGCAAGAAGUUUAUACGGUGGCAAAAUAUAAUAAGCCCUUUUACCGCUACAAUAAGUCUUAUCAAAAAUGGAAAAUUUGAGCUUUACAUUUGUGAUCAACAAUUAAAAACGGACGUAUUUCUGCAAAGUUGUAAAUCACAUCAUAGUAUCACUUUAAUGAUUCGCUUUUACACGCUGGGACAAUGUUUUGUCAUUUUGGUACUGUUUAUUUUUAUUUUGGAAAAAUAUUAGCUGUGGUUUGAGAUCAAAUGUGCUGACCUUUGUAUCAUAUUGUUGAUUUGCCUCAAGUACAAUGUAAGGAUCUUCUGGUACCCAUCUACCUCUUAGAACUAAGAUCUGUUUGUUUUCGGGUUAAAUAUAUAAGUGAGAUCACCUUGACAGAAAGUAUUAUAUCGAGCACUGCCAUAUAACUAGCAUUAAAUAUCGUAAUAUUGUACAACUGUAUUAAUCAGUUUUAUGUAUAGGAAAACUGAUCAUGAACAUUGUGUAAGUAAAUAUU